AUGUCUGAGGAACAGCCUGUCAAGAAGAUGCGCAUGGAAGGCUCAAAGGUCAUCGGCACCCAUAAUGGUACAUUCCAUUGCGACGAAGCUCUUGCUGUGUACCUGCUCAAGCACACCAAAGCCUACGAGAACGCAGGUCUCAAGCGCACUCGGGACCCCGCCAUUCUCGACAGCUGUGACAUAGUUGUGGAUGUCGGCGGGAAGUACGAUGAAGCUGCCCAACGGUUCGAUCACCAUCAGCGCGGAUUCACCGAGAUUUUCGGACAUGGGUUCGAGACGAAGCUGUCGUCGGCUGGACUGGUGUACAAGCAUUUUGGGAAAGAGAUCAUCUCUAACUGGCUUCAGCUGCCCCUCGAUGACCCCAAGAUCGAGACUCUUUGGCUCAAACUCUACAGAGAGUUCAUUGAGGCCAUCGACGCCAUCGACAACGGUGUCAACCAGUACCCCACAGACUUGCAGCCCAAGUACCGGAUCCGCACCGACGUCUCCGCUCGUGUGGGUCACUUCAAUCCAGCAUGGAACGAGUCGGUGGAUUCGCAGACAGUGGACGCCAAAUUCCAGCUGGCCUCGAACCUCGUCGGUGGGGAGUUCUUCCAACGUCUGGACUACUAUGCCAAAGCUUGGCUCCCGGCUCGCGACCUCGUCAUCGCGGGGCUGAACGCACGCAAGGCCGUCGACCCGAGCGGCCGCACCAUCCUCUUUGAGCAAUUUGCGCCUUGGAAGGAGCAUCUCUUCGAGCUCGAGGCAGGCCUGCAGAUUCCGGACGACGAGAAACCAGUUUAUGUUCUCUAUCCUGACGAAACUGCCAACAACUGGCGCAUUCAAGCGGUCCCCGUUGCACCCGAGAGCUUCGAGAGCAGGAAGGCCCUUCCUGAGAAGUGGCGCGGAGUCAGAGACGAUGAGCUGUCUAAGAUGUCUGGCGUCGAUGGCUGCAUUUUUGUGCACGCCAGCGGAUUCAUCGGCGGCAAUAACACCAAGGAUGGCGUGCUCAAGAUGGCCAAUCUCGCGCUGACGAUGUGA